UCAAGUAGGCUGGCCCUACCGCCUCCAGAGAAGCUGCGCGAGAUAGCGGCGAAGCAGGAUGAGCGGGCAAAGCAGAUCAAAGCGCGAAGAGAGCAGGAAGCUGAGCGACACUCCUCCACUGAGCGGUCUCGUGCUGCCGAGGUGAUACAGCGCAAUUACAGAGGAUAUCGCGCCCGGCGUGAGAUCAAAGGCCUCGGAUUGGAUCCGUCGACGAGAUGGGUUGAGGUUCGCAACAACUACUCCGCCCUAGCC